AUGUUCGGAGGAGUGAAUCAAGAUUCUUUUGGAGCAAAUUGGGGCAUUUCUGAUUUAAACCAAGUUGACAACAACGACGGUGGCUUUUUUGAGGAAGAUUUAUCCAAUUACUUGAAUGAGGAUGCCGGUAACAAACAGGUUCACGAGGUAGCUCAGAGAAAAACCUUUAUGCCCCUAAAAAUAAAUAUGAUAUACUCUUCCUGGAAGACCGGAGGCAGCUCUAUCAACAUUCUCGGAUACCAGCUGGACAUAAUUAAACUCGUAGGGCGCAUAGUGGACGCCAAAACUACUGAACAGGACACCACAUUUGUUAUUGACGACGGUACUGGCUCUAUUGACUGUAUUCACCUGUUUCCCGGUGAUAUGACUGAAUGGAAGACGAAUUACGUGAAUAAUCUGAUGAAAACUAAAUCACAAGUCAAGGUUUACGGAGGAUUUAAUCCUUUAUACAGUAGUAGCAAUCCUACUAUUAUAAUCUACUCCAUUAAAGAGCUCAGUUCACCCGAGGAGUCGAAACUUCACGACUUGGAUGUGAUCUACUCGAUACUGUCGAAUGAUGGAAAGAGUAAUCCCAAAGUUAAUGACACACUCACUGAUAUGGACUCGGUACUAAAGCAAUUCAAAAUUGUUAAAACUGAUCGAGCUCAGGAAAUGCCUGAAAAAGCACCUGUUCCUGCUCAAGUAAAUACCACAGCUGCCACAACUAAGAUUCCUGCCAACGAGCUCGCUCUCACCAAGUUCAUUUCUUCCAUGCUCUCCAAUGAGGCCAGGAAUAACAAUUUCAACGGACUUCACGUAUCUGAAAUACUAAAGAGGUGUAACAAGCAACACAGCUUUCAAUCUGUUCAAGAACAACACGUUAGAAAAGUUCUCUCCGAUUUGGAAAGGGACGCUUCAGUUUAUCAAACUCUCGAUUCAAAUACAUAUGCAUCAACUGACUCGUAA